AUGUCGCAGCCACUGCUGAACCAGAGGAAGUUGCCCGUAAAAAACACUCAAACAGCAACAGGAGCAGCAGAAACAUCAAAAAUAACCCCCAAAAUAGGAGCAACAGUCACCGCGUCCUCACGUGAGCCUGGGUUCCCUGCGGACGCAGCACGGGUGCGCCCCAAGACAAGCACAACAGCAACUGCUAUUGCACGUGGUGGAGACUUACACAUCCAGAAACGCACGCCCGUGAAUAGGGACGGAAGUCUCCAAGAGAAAAAAGCAGCGGCAACAGCCUCAGAGCAUCCCAUAUCACCGCGUUUAUCUCCUGUCGCGCGGGGCCGGGGUAAGGCGGCAGCGACACCAAAGACUACAAUAUCAGUGACAGGAAAGAUACUACGUGGCAAUCUCAAGCCUACGCAUCCGGAGCCUCAAGAGUGCAGUGGAGGAACGCGGUCGACCGCCUUAACUGCAGCAACUCCAGAGGCAGCAGCAAAAGCAGCAACUCUUCAGCAGGCGGCCGCAGCAAACCUGCAGAAUUCCAUAGCGAUGCGAGCAAUGCGCCCGAUGACUCUAGCGGAGACGGUGUCAGCAGAUGCCACGACAGUUCCACAAAAGCCAGCACCAGUAGGAAAGCCAUCUGCAGAACUCGUAAGAGCAGCAAGACCUGCAGUGCUAAAAGCUGCAAAAUCAGGAAACCCACGGACGUGUGCACCAGCGCCACAGCUCUCAAGUAAGCGAAUGGGGCCCCUGCUUCCUGCUUUGGGGGCCCCUAGCGCACAACCGAGGCGAGCAACAGCAGAUGGAUCGCCGACGGGUCCCCACAAGGCAGCUGUUGCCUAUGCCCCUCUCCGGCCUAGGCGGGAUAGGUUGCUUGGAGACGCAGGAAGUUCAGCUGAGGCAGCAGCAACAACUCCAGCGACGGCCCCUGCAGCGGCAACAGCUGCAUUAACAACUGCGCCAACUUCAAUGGCAAAAUCUCCAAAGUCAACACUGGAGCCUGCCCCUGCAUUCUAUAGAUGCGCUGCACCCAACACGGGGAAGUCGCAACGACUGUUGACGCUCGGUGCUGGUGCUGCCUCCGGGAACAUCCCAAGUCAGCCAUCAGUUGCUAGACCAGGGGAGAGCAAGGCCUCCACUCGUGUCACGGGGAAAGGCUCUCCAAAGUUUUCCAGUGCAACAGGAAUGGCGCCCAAACCCAUAGCUGAUGCCGUGGCGUCCAUAGCUGGGACUCGGCAGGCUGUUAAUACUGCUCCACGGAGUGCCAACGCUGCAGUUACCAAACCAGAGGCCCCCAAGCCAGCAGCUGUUGCGGUAGGGGCCAUCAAGGCAGAUGCUGUUGCCGCCGCGGCCCAAGGACAGUCUGACAAACCGCAUGCUGAUGGGGAGAGAAUACCCAAUGCAGCCCCAGUAGGCUUCACCAUAGCACCCAGGCCGCUGGGAGCCAGACUGGUGUCCCGUCUCUCGGGUCUUUUCAAGAGGUCGGGAAGCAAGGAACUGAAGAAUAAGUAG